GAGAGAGAGAGGGGAGACGAGGCGGGAGGGUAGAGUAGGGCCCUAGAGAGAGAGGGGAGAGGAGGACCCAAUAGAGAGAGGGAGAGAGAGAGAGAGAGAGAGGGAGAGGACAACUGGGAGAGGGAAAACCAAACCGUGUUUAGCCUGGAUCCUGGACAGACACACAACCAUCGCCGCCGCCGUCACCACCACCACCGCCAGUCAUCACCACCACCACCACCACUGCUGUUGACGCCCCUGCCCUUAUUACCACCACCACUUCUUUCAUCUUCACCGUCAUCAUUUAAAAGAGGCUACUUAUUUUUUUUUUUCGUUAAUUCUUUCUUCUUUCUUUCUUCCUUUCUUUUCUCUCUUUCUUCUCGCUGUGUUUCCUAUCUUGUUUUGUUUUUCUUCCCGUCUUUUUUUUCUUUUUUUUUUUGUAAUUGAGUGAUUUCUUUGUUUGCCGUUCGUGCGUGAGUGUGUGUUCUGAUAUUUUGUUGCUCUUGUUAUUUUUCUUGUUGUUCCCUUGUGUCUUCAUUCCUUUGUAUCUGAACGUGUGAUUUUUUUUCUUUUUUCAUCUUCCCUCAGUCAUCACUUGUUAUCCUUUUUUUUUUUGCGUCUUUUUCCAUCCGCUCCGAUUUUCCAUUCUGUCCAUGCUCUCUCCUUCAAGUUUAACCCCAUCACCACCACCACCACCAACACCGCCGGCUGUGUGAUCACCUCCCUUCCCCUCCUCCCCAUCAACCACCACCACCAUUACACCCAUCACCGCUAAAUACCUCAUCGGACACUAUAAUCAUCACCACCAUCACCAGCCAUUUCUUUCCUUAUGGUUGGGGAAUAUUGUGUCUUCACCCUCACCACCAUUAUCACUAACGGCGAGUGUCUAAAGAAGAAGAUAGGGAAGAAGUGAGACGAGUGUAAUUCUCCAUCAGUAUCUACAUCCCCUCCGGUACUUCUAUAACAAAAGCUACUACUACUACUGCUACUACAAGCUCUGCGGCAGUGGAUAACAAGAUGGCCACGCCGGAGACCAACGUGUCUGGCGUGCGCGGCUCGGGCGAUGUGAACCCCGGCCACGCUCCUCCGCCUCGCCACCUGCACAACUUCAACACCUUCCAGUUCGUGUCGCAGCUGGUGUCCGCCACGCCGCCCUACCUCUUCAACAUGUCCACGCCUUUCCCCGGCAACUUCUUCAGUGACCUGCUGCGUCGCAUGGCUCCGCGCGCCGGCUCGCCUGGCCUCUCGGCUGACCAGACGCUCCAGCAACACAUCCGCGCCGCCCUGUUGGCCAAAGCCGCCCCCCCGCCGCCUCCCUCCCUGCCGCCCACCGUCAUGCCGCCUCCGCUGGACUUGGCCGCCGCCACGCACCGCAGCCCCGCUCCGCCGCCGCCGAUGCCGCAGGACAAGGGCGUCAAGCGGUCACUCUUCUCGGACGUAUCGGCGCUCAGCUCCAGCGAGGAGGAGAGCGGCGGCGGGAAGCGGCCCCGCCUGGAAGUCGACACGCGGGAGGUGGACAAACACCCACCGGAGGGUCUGCCGGCGCCGUUCCUCAUGCAAGCACCAUUCCUGCCCACCUCGGUGCCGCCCCCCCACGACGUCUUGAACCCUUGGUCCACGCGCGCCUCGCUGCUCCGCCCACAGGUGCCCAUGGCGGCCCACGUCCCUCCCACGCCCCUCGAUCCCUACCGCCUGCUGCUGGACCUGCGCCUAGCGGGCCAGCUGAGGACCAUGGCGGCCACGCAGGCACUGCAGGGCAAGGAGGGGCACCUCGGCGGAGUGGGCGGCGGAGGCGGUGGCGGCGGGGGCCUUGGAGGCCUGCACCCCACCAUCACACCCGGCCACGCCCCCCUCACCCCCACCAAGAGCCUGCUGAGCGGCCGCUCCUCCCCGUCGCUGCCCGACCCCCGCCCACCCCGCGAAGACCCGCCUCACCCCGUGUCGAUGCCCGCCAGCGUGGGCGGUCUGCACGGCGGAGACGACCGAAUCUCGGCCUUCCACCCUCCCGCACGCCCGCACCCCGACCCCGGCGUGGACACCAGCGACGAGGACUCCACGGAGCGACGGAGUUGCAGCCGCAGCAGCAGCGGCAGCGCCAGCAGUGGCCGCGAGGGUUUGGGGCCGCAGUACAUCUUCCGCCACCUAACGCAGAUCUACCGCUCCAUCGACGGCCACAAGGGCGAGGCCGAGGGUGGCGAGGAUUGUCGCAGGGAGGCCGCUCCACCCUCCCCAGACCCCUCCCGUGGCAGGGAUCCCCCUGGCCCCCCACACGACCCUCGCUCAGACCCUGGGCGUGACGACCCCCGCCCCAAGGAGGGUUGAUAACCCGGUGGGCGGGCGGCGGGGCAGCCACGCCGCGCCCCGCGUCGCCCCUCCCCCUCAGUGUUCAGUGUGUAGCUCAGUAAGACAACUUGGUGUCUCUCUUUCCAUCGUCGUCAGGUGACCAUUGCGCCGCGGCCCCGCCUACCACCGCACCCGCCCGCCGCCCUCCCGCCAGCCUCCACCCUGGCCCCAACCCCUCGCUGAGGCGGACAGCACAAUCAGCGUGCGGUACACUCAAGUUUUGCCUCAGCGCCCGCCCAUGCAUACACGAACACAGCGAAUACAAAGCCUCCCGGAGGCUCCAUAAAUGUAGUAACGCGGGGCGGGGCGUGUGGCGCCGAGGGUGUGGGCGUUGUGUGGUGGUGGCGGGCGUGGCGGGCCGGGACCUGCCGCGACGACCAUAAUAAUAAUAAUAAUAAUAAUGAUAAUAAUAAUAAUAAUAAUAAUAAUAAUAAUAAUAAUAAUAGCGACUAAUCAUACUAACUGCUUUUACAUAACUCGUUCAUCUCUGGAUCUCCUCUGAUUUUCUCUCUCUCUCUCUCUCUCUCUCUCUCUCUCUCUCUCUCUCUCUCUCUCUCUCUCUCUCUCUCUCUCUCUCUCUCUCUCUCUCUCUCUCUCUCUCUCUCCUCCCUUUCUCAUUCUGCUUUUGAUAUUGUAAAUAAGAUGUUUAUUUAUCUAGUAUUUAAUUACUUAUUUAUUUACAUAAUUAUUUAUUCAUCCGUUUAAUCUCUUGUUGAUCUCAGUAAGUAAGGACCUCCCCCCCCCCCCCUCAUUCCCUCCUUCGAUGCCCCUGCUCCCCUCCAAUAUGCGUCCUACUCUCCUGCUUACCCUGCUCCCCCUCCCUCUCACCCUCUUCAUUUUUUUUCGCGUUUCUUUUUUUAAGUAACAAAUGGAAGUAUUUGCAUUUGUUUUUUAUUUGUCUCAUUAGCGAUUAAAGGGAGUAAUUAUCAUUAUUAUUAUUAUUAUUAUUAUUAUUAUUAUUAUUAUUAUUAUUAUUAUUUACUGUUAUUUGGAUAUUUAUUUGUGUAUAACAGUGCUUUAAUUUUCGUUCUCUUGCUAAUGCAAAUAUAAAUGAAUAGCUGAUUCCACAAUUAUUAUUAUUAUUAUUAUUAUUAUUAUUAUUAUUAUUAUUAUUAUUAUUAUUAUUAUUAUUAUUAUUGUGGUGAAUGAUGAUGCUACUAAGAGUGAUUUCUCCCCAUGGUCACAAUAAAUAAUAAUUAAUAUAUGUAGAUAAGAUUGCGUACAUACAUUCAUGCGUACAUACAUACAUGCGUACAUUACAUACAUGCUUUCAUACAUUUCUCCCUCAUCCAUAUUUCGUUUUUCUAUCCCCUCCUUUAUUCUCUUUAAUUCCUUUCCCUUCCCUCUCCUUCCCCUACUUUCUCCUCUAAGCUCAUACCUUUCUUUCCCUACGAUGUCUUUCCCUCUCAUUCCCCAACUCUCCCUUCUGAUUCCUUUCCCUGCCUCCCCUUCCUCUCUUUUCCUUCAAUUUCUUUCUUCUUACUCUUUCCUCCACUCCCUCCCCUUCCCCCUCCUUUCCCCUCUUUACCUUCAUAUUCCUUCCUUUUCCUGCUCUUUUUACCGUCCCCUCCUUUUCCUUCCCAUUCCAUCCUGUAGCCUUGCCUCAAACUCCUUAACUGGCUUCCUCUUUCAUCUACCUUCUUCCCUUUUCUUCCCUUUCCCAAUCCUCUUCCCAUUUCUCACCUUUUCCUCGUCUUUCUCCACCUUUCUUUCCUUUGUUUUCUCUUUCCCUGUCUUCUUCCCCUUUCUUCCCCUUCCCUAUUAUUUUCGCCAUUAAGUGUUCCCCAUUUCUCGUCAUCUCGUCCCCUUCAUCGUCCCAUCACCCCCCCAAUAUGCAUCCUCGUAUCCAACCAAAAAAAAGUAAAUAAUAAUGAUAAUGAUUAUAGUUGUUACUAGAGUCGCCACGAAGGAGGAAUAAUAAUAGUAAUGAUAAUGAUGAUGAUAAUAGUUUGAAAUUUUUAUGACAUGUAGAUGAUUUAUGGGAAAAAUCUUUAGUCUAUUUCUUCCACCUUCUCUUGUUCGCUGGCGGCUUUGGUUCUCUCUCUCUCUCUCUCUCUCUCUCUCUCUCUCUCUCUCUCUCUCUCUCUCUCUCUCUCUCUCUCUCUCUCUCUCUCUCUCUCUCUCUCUCAAAAUAAGAUAAUUGUGCUGUACUGACUUUUAAAUACCAUUCGCUGUUUAGUAAUCUCUCUCUCUCUCUCUCUCUCUCUCUCUCUCUCUCUCUCUCUCUCUCUCUCUCUCUCUCUCUCUCUCUCUCUCUCUCUCUCUCUCUCUCUCUCUCUCUCUCUCUCUCUCUCUCUCUCUCUUUCAAUCUGAAUUAGUUGAAUUAGAAAAAGAAUGAAAAAAAAUAUAAUCAUGAAAGCCGUAUAUUGAUUGCCUAGAAGAAUAGACGUAUGGAAAGAUAUUAGAAAGAUCGUAAAAGAGAAGUCGAAUUCGAACCCCCUCAAAAAAAAUCAAUCAAAAAACUAAUUCUGGUUAUAUAUAGGCUUUACGUGUGUAUAUAUAUUUAUUUAUUUAUUUAUUUAACUUGAUUAUUUAUUUAUUUAUGUGCAAUUCCAAUCUCAUUACCUGCCCGUGUUUUUCCAGUGUGCGAAAACUAAAUAAAUAACCGACAUUACAAACGCACUUACUACAUCCACGAAGCUCCUGAUGUACGAUAUUUUGGCGGGUGGCGUACGACAGCGAGUCUUGGAGAAGCGACAUCCUGACCGACUCUCGCCAUAGACAAACACGGACGAUGCGCCAUGACCCGAGAUGACCCCAAACAACGAUACUCAUAAAACAUCCUUAAAACUGACUGAUGGAUAACCCGUAACGAAGGAUUUAAUCACGAAACUAAGCUUAUAAGAACAUCAUCUCGCUCCUAUACCGCCAGAAUCGCUUUACUAUGACGAAGAGUCGGUUAGUUGUUGUGAUAUGUCCAGGUCCUUGCUGUCAGUGCGCAUUACCGUCUGUUUCUGUCUUUGCCUGCCUGCCUAUCCAUGUCCCUCCCGUAAUCACUGUAACAUCCGCGCCUCGCCCAAACCUUCCGUCAGUCACACUCCUUAAUCACUUAGACCUAGAGGAAACUUGGCGUCACUAAGAGAAUGAAGGGUUGUUACAGUCAUUACAGAGAAGUAAUUAGUAUAUAGACACGAGAUAUAAGAAAACUUUGUCGUACAUUGGGUCUGCCACGAUCAUUUUGUACCCUAGUCUUGCCGCCGCCGUAGCCGCCGCCGUCGCCGCCGCCGCUGCCGCUGCUGCCGCCGCCGCUGCUGCCGCCGCCGCCGCCUGGUAUUUCCUAGUACACCUGCGCAUAAUUGAUUCCUUAAUUAGUGAGCUGUUGUACCUGUGAGUGUCUCUGGUGUAGGUGACAUUGUUGUGUUGUUUCUCUUGUACAUAAAGACAAGACCAAGUUGA